UGGGGCCGCCGCCGCCGCCGCCGCUGCAGCCCCUGUCUCGGUCCCCGCCGCCGCCGCCGCCGCUGCAGCCGCUGGGCGCGCGCAGCCGGGCAGUGAGUGCGCGGCGCUCGGAGCCGGAGCGGGCUGCCGGGGAGCCACUGCGGGGGCGGGGGGACUAUGAGUGGCAUCGCGGGGACAGAGUUGGGCAGCACGUUCAAGGGCUUAGGAGAAAGUCAGUACACUUCCCCACCUGAACCGCUCCCAGUUGCUUCCCGAGGAGCAGGUCCGCACCUAUGACCGCCCUGGAGAGAGGCCGGCGCUGACCCGGGCGGGCAGGUGGUGAGGGGCGCGCGGCAGUGUGCGCGCCCAGGCUCGGUCGUAUGCACUCCACCACCCCCAUCAGCUCGCUCUUCUCCUUCACCAGCCCCGCAGUGAAGAGACUGCUCGGCUGGAAGCAAGGAGAUGAGGAGGAAAAGUGGGCGGAGAAGGCGGUGGACUCCCUGGUGAAGAAGCUGAAGAAGAAGAAGGGGGCCAUGGACGAGCUGGAGCGGGCGCUCAGCUGCCCGGGGCAGCCCAGCAAGUGCGUCACCAUCCCCCGCUCCCUGGACGGGCGGCUGCAGGUGUCGCACCGCAAGGGGCUGCCGCACGUCAUUUACUGCCGCGUGUGGCGCUGGCCUGACCUGCAGUCCCACCACGAGCUGAAGCCGCUGGAGUGCUGCGAGUUCCCGUUCGGCUCCAAGCAGAAAGAGGUGUGCAUCAACCCGUACCACUACCGCCGCGUGGAGACGCCAGUGCUGCCUCCUGUGCUGGUGCCAAGACACAGUGAAUAUAACCCACAGCUCAGCCUCCUGGCCAAGUUCCGCAGUGCAUCCCUGCACAGCGAGCCGCUCAUGCCACACAACGCCACCUACCCUGACUCCUUCCAGCAGCCUCCGUGCCCUGCGCUCCCUCCCUCGCCCAGCCAUGCCUUCUCACAGUCCCCAUGCACGGCCAGCUACCCUCAUUCCCCGGGAAGUCCUUCAGAGCCAGAGAGUCCGUUUCAACACUCAGACUUCCGGCCCGUGUGUUACGAGGAACCCCAGCACUGGUGCUCGGUGGCCUACUACGAACUGAACAACCGCGUCGGGGAGACAUUCCAGGCCUCCUCCAGGAGCGUGCUCAUAGACGGCUUCACCGACCCUUCCAACAACAGGAGCAGGUUCUGCCUCGGACUGCUUUCUAACGUGAACAGGAACUCAACCAUAGAAAACACCAGGAGACACAUAGGAAAGGGUGUACACUUGUACUAUGUCGGGGGAGAGGUGUAUGCCGAGUGCGUGAGUGACAGCAGCAUCUUUGUGCAGAGCCGGAAUUGCAACUAUCAGCACGGCUUCCACCCUGCCACCGUCUGCAAGAUCCCCAGCGGGUGCAGCCUCAAGGUCUUCAACAACCAGCUCUUUGCUCAGCUGCUGGCCCAGUCAGUGCACCACGGCUUCGAAGUCGUUUAUGAGUUAACUAAGAUGUGCACCAUCCGGAUGAGUUUCGUUAAGGGUUGGGGAGCUGAGUAUCACCGCCAGGAUGUGACAAGCACCCCCUGCUGGAUUGAAAUCCAUCUUCACGGACCGCUGCAGUGGCUGGACAAAGUGCUGACUCAGAUGGGCUCCCCCCAUAACCCGAUUUCUUCAGUAUCUUAACAGUCAUGUUUUAAGCUGCCCUUCCAUAGAGUAGAUGUUGUCGCAAGCCGUGGCUUAUAUCAUUUCAGGUUUGCGACUAACCGAAACGUCUAAAGACGCGUGUAAAUACAUACAAUGUAUACUGUUCAUAUUUUUUAUCACCAUUUGUUUUGUGCUUUCUAGUUAACCUUGUGCCAGUACAGUGUGAUGAGAAAGGCAGGGUGUUUGUGCUUGUGCCCUACGAGGAAGCAGCUUCUUUUGUGGAAGGAAACAAAUGAAAGGCAACCAUGUCAAGGGUAUUGGAAGGGUGUUGGCAGAACGCACGGCGCCAGUCAGCCACAGCAUUCUAAAGCAGGGUGUGUGAUCUCACAGAGACGGCAACUGCUCAUAUAGCAAAGAUCAGGUAUUAGCAGCACUACAGUAAAUAACACUCCCGGAUGAAACAAAGCACUCAAACUCAUAAACUCUAAAUGGUCUCAUGGUUAGUGCUAUUAGCA